AUGGAGGAUUAUUCCAUCUGGGUAUCAAGUAAUUUCAUCUUUCUAGCUUUCUUUUCACUCUUUUUACUUCAAUCUUCCAAUUCCCAAUUGAAUCCAGCCGAUUCAAGAACCCUGUUUCAAGCUCAACAAAAGCUUGAAUACCCACCAGUUCUUCAACAAUGGAGUAAAUGGACAGAUUUCUGCUAUCUUCCUUCAAACCCCAAUCUUGUAAUAGUUUGUGAAGGUAAUCGCAUCACUGAAUUAACUAUUAUUGGAAACAAGACAAAAUCUGCACUUUCUGCAAAUUUCUCCAUUGAUUCAUUCUUCACUGUGGUCACAAAGCUUUCUAGUUUGAAGAAAUUGACACUUGUGUCCUUGGGGUUGUGGGGUCCACUACCGCCUAAAAUUGAUAGGUUUUGGUCCCUUCAAGUCAUGAACUUUAGCUCAAACUCCAUUAAUGGCGAUAUUCCAUCUUCCAUUUCUUCAAUCAAGAACCUCACCGUUCUUGAUUUCUCCAAAAACUUGUUGAAUGGAAGUGUUCCUGAUCUUAAAUGGUUGCAGAAUCUUGAAGUUCUUGAUUUGGGUAGUAAUCUUUUAGGACCAAAAUACCCUUCUCUAAGUUACAAUCUUGUGUCGAUCACAUUGAAGAAUAAUUCAAUUAGGGUUCAAAUCCCAUCUGAUUUUGUCAAAUUUGUUCAUCUUCAAAGACUCGAUAUCUCAUCAAAUAAACUUGUGGGUCCCAUCCCUUCUUCUUUGUUCUCACUCUCUUCAAUCGAGUAUCUCAACUUAGCCAACAAUCAAUUCAGUGGAGCAAUGCCCACAAACUUAUCCUGUACCACCAAGCUAAGAUUUGUGGAUCUUUCUAAUAAUCUUUUGAUUGGGAGAUUACCAUCUUGUAUCGGAUCGAAUCUUGCGAAUCGGACGGUUAUUAGCUUGUGGAAUUGCUUAACAAAUACAACCUCAAAGUAUCAACACCCUCACAAGUUUUGCCAGAAAGAAGCAAUUGCAGUUUUGCCUACAAAGAGAAAUGGUGAACAUAAGAAAGAGGAGACCACUUUGAAGCUUGGGCUUGUUCUUGGUAUCAUUGGGGGUAUUGUGGGAAUUGCAGGUUUGAUAGGGUUGUUGAUUUUGGGUGUUUAUAGAAGACGACAAGCGAAAAGGACGAAACAAUUCAAAUCGGAUAGCUUUGCGUUCGAUAAUAACGCUGUUCGUGCUCCUUCUUCGAUGGCCAAUGCUGGGCGUAGACCACAAACGAUGAGGACCGCCGCACUAGGCCUACCGCCAUAUACGAUAUUCACACUCGAAGAAAUCGAAGAUGCAACAAACAACUUUGAUUCUUCGAAUUUGGUGGGGGAAGGAUCUCAAGCACAACUUUACAAAGGGUGGUUGAGGGAUGGUUCAAUGGUGUUGAUCAAAUGUUUGAAGUUAAAACAAAAGCAUUCGACACAAACCGUGCAACAACAUAUGGAAGUGAUCUCGAAGCUCCGGCACCGACAUCUCGUGAGCGUUCUUGGUCAUUGCAUCGUCUCGUACAUGGAUCAUCCCAACUCGGGCAGCACCGUCUUUGUUGUUCUUGAAAAUGUUUCAAACGGAUCGUUGAGAGAUCAUCUUACAGAUUGGAGAAAGAAAGAAAUCUUGAAAUGGCCACACAGAAUGGGGAUCACAAUGGGAAUUGCAAGAGGGAUUCAAUUCUUGCACACCGGAACUCAACAUGGGAUUUUCGGGAAUGAUUUAAAGAUCGAGACUGUAUUAUUGGAUGAUAAUCUUACUGCCAAAAUCAGUAGUUACAACAUUUCGUUACCAUCAAAAGCAGGUUCGGAAAGCCCUCUAAACAGCCACGACGCUUCCCAGGUUCCUCACAGGCCGACGAAUCCAGAAAAAGACGAUAUAUAUCAAUUCGGAGUCAUAAUCCUACAACUCAUUACAGGAAAACCGGUCAACUCAGAGGAUGAGAUAAUCGAACUCAAGAACCAGCUAGAGAUUGGGUUAAUGGAAUCGCCAACAAGACUCAAAGAAGUAGCGGAUUCGUCGAUCAGAGGAACGUUUGCUUACGAAUCCAUGAAAACCGCUGUUCAAAUAGCGAUCAGUUGUCUUAACGAAGACGUGAACGUGCGUCCAUCGAUCGAAGACGUUCUUUGGAACAUGCAGUAUUCUGUUCAAGUUCAAGAAGGUUGGAAUAGCAGUGGCAACCUGAGUACAAAAUUGUAAAGAUGUUCACUUUCUUUUCUUGUGAUGAUGGAUCUGGUUUUGGUAUAUUUUGUAGGGAUUUGGGCAUGGAAUAAAGAUUUUUUUUUUAAAUUUAUAAUAAUAUUUAUCGAUAUUUAAA